AUGGACGCUAUGGAGGCAGCAGUGGUGCUGUUGGUAUCAUUCGGUCGUCGGAUGGGAGGGUCGUUUACGGUGGACGGCCAAUUGAGUUCAGACUUGGGGCGGGUUGGGUUCGGCGGGCAGAUUGUGAAGGAGGUUGAAGGAGAUGGCGGAAUCUGUGGGGCUGGCGAGGGAAGUCCGGUCCAGCUUGGAUUAAAUGUUCAGAAGCAACCAAGAAGUCGAGAGCUGAGACGAAGAGACUGCUUCGAGCCCGCCUUGCGAGGCAUGGUGAAUGGCCCCGAACGACGGACCUUGAAUUACAUCAUCCUUCCCGCCCGCAUUCGGAAACCCACCUCUGCAGUCUUGCGACUUGGUGUCCACCAAAUGUCUAAUUCUUGUCGACACCUGACCAAAAUCCAUCACGAGUACGUUGCACUGUCAACGUUAAGCGACUGCCUUGAGUCAACUCUAUUCGAGGCCGCUGUCAAGCCAGUUCGUCUUCUUCGAGACCGGUGUUCCCCGGACAAGGACGCGGCACCCAACGGGCAGCCGGCUGACCAGGACAUGGCAAUCAACCUAUUACCUACCGUACCUGCUGGGCCAACAUAUACUACCAAGGUGGUCCGUGAGCUUUGGUUCAUUGAAUUUUUGAGGAUCGCGACGGCGUCCGAGACGCCAUAA